ACAAGACUCCCUUUGACCUAGUCCUUGCGACUCUCGACGAUUUAUAAUGGCCAACGUAGAACUUGCUGCAACCUACGCCGCCCUCAUUCUCGCCGACGAUGGCGUCGAGAUCACCUCGGACAAGAUCACCGCGCUGACGACCGCUGCGGGUGCUGAUGUCGAGGCUAUCUGGGCAACUCUUCUCGCCAAGGCCCUCGAGGGAAAAAACGUGAAGGAGCUCCUGUCUAACAUUGGUGCGGGCGGUGGUGCCCCCGCAGCCGGUGGCGCUCCUGCGGCUGCUGGCGGGGCUGCUGGUGGCGCUGAAGCGCCCAAGGAGGAGGAGAAGAAGAAGGAGGAAGAGAAAGAGGAAUCAGACGACGACAUGGGCUUUGGUCUCUUCGAUUAACCUCGCCAACUCUCUGUUAUUUUGUUGUGUGUACUCUCACUUCGCCGGCGUGUUUCUGCACAUGACAUACUCCACCGGGCGCGCGGAGGCCUGCUGCGCAUCCUUCGUACACCGCCUUGUACCCAUUACACUCUGCUUGCGCACACACAUACUGUGAAAAUUA